GAAACGGUAACGACAAUGGUUCCUCCAAGAUCCAAACAAAUGCAAUUCCUCAAGUUGAGCUAUGUAUGCUGGCGCAACUCGAGACAGUCGAUUCGCUACGCCUGAAGGCACUCUGAUUUCGAUAAUGCUGGUUUUCUCGGUAUAUAAAGCAACCCCUUUCUCUCUUUUCUGGGGUUAUCCGACCCUAUCGCCCAUCCAAGUCGACCAACUGCUUUUCAUUCUUUGUCCCCCUAUCUUUUUCUGGUUUAGUCUAUCCUUGAAAUCCCAGACCAGUUUUUGUCUUGAGCCAUCAUGAAGGCCCAGACAGCCACGAUCAUUUUAUCUUUUUGUAGCUCUAUUCUCGCUGUUCCCAUUCACAACCCGAAUGUAAAACGCGCUCCUUCUCCGAGUGGUCAACCCCAAUGGCCUUCCGAUCCUUUUGGAAGUGGGUUCCCCUUUACUUCCGGCUGGCCUUUCCGUGGGCCAUUGGAUGGGCAAAGCCAGGUUAGCAGCAGUUUGGCUAUCCCCUCUAACACGCCCUCUGGCAUUCCUUCUGGGGCUCUCCAUGGAAUCAACCGACCCACGGCAACCGCCCCGUCCUCUUCCGACUAUCAGCAGUCGCCUGAGCCUCCUUACAACGGGGCUCCUUCCAGGCCUACUGGAACCUCAGUGAGCAUACCGGGUAGCUAUGCUGCUGGCGCCGGACAAUCGCAAGAUCAACCUCAAGGACAAGCCCAAGGCGAGUACUACCAAGGCUACCCCGUAAAUGGCCAGUAUCCUGGGAGCUCGCCCAGUGGCGCUUCUUCUAGCGGCCAGUCCUCCCAGGGUUACCCAUCAAAUGGCCAGUAUCCAGGUGGUUCGUCUACCAGUGGUACUCCUACUAGCGGCCAACACUCCGGAGGCUCCUCGCCAAGCAGCCAACCUCCGACGAGUGUUUACUCUUCAGGUGCUUACGAAGACGGUUAUUAUAUUGGGUACACGACUACUAGUCAUACAUCUGCUUACGAGCCUACUGGGACCUCUACCAGUCAGUACCCAGGCAGUCAGCAUACCGGAACUCCUGGGGGUCAACAAUCUGAGGGGUACCCAGGUGGUCAGUCUACUGGGGCUCCCACCAGCCAGCACACGGGAGCCCCUUCUGGAGGUCAACAAUCUCAGGGAUAUCCCCCAAGCAGCCAGACUGGUCGGCCUACUGGAGCUUCUUCCGGCCAGUAUCCAAGCAGCCAGCACACCGGAGCGCCUUCGGGUCAGCAAUCUGAAGGUUACCCUCCAAGUGGUCAGUACUCAGGUGGUCAUUCAACUGGAGCUCCUACUAGCCAGCAUACCGGCGCUCCUGGGGGGCAGCAAUCUGGAGGUUACCCCCCAAGCGGUCAGUACUCAGGUGGUCAGUCUACUGGAGCUCCUACCAGCCAGCACACCGGCGCCCCUUCAGGAGCUCAGCAAGCUGGAGGCUACCCUCUGAAUGGUCAGUAUCCGACUGGCCAGUCCACUGGAGCUCCUUCUGGCGGCCAGCAUUCCCAGGGCUCUACCCCAGGCAGUCAGUACCCGAGUGGUCAAUCUAGUGGAGCUCCUUCUGGAACCGGGCACAGCACUGGUGGUCAGUCUAUUGAACCUUCAUCAGGUACGGGAUACGCUGGUGGACAAUCAUCUGGACAUUCGGGCAACGGUUAUCCUGGUUCUUCAAGUGACGGAUACCCGAACACUGGGCACUCAUCGGGCACCUACCCUGGUUCCGGGCAAUCAUCUGGACCUUCAAGCGGGGCCAGUUAUCCUUCCUCCGGACACUCUACCGGUACCUAUCCUGGUGGAUCUUCUCAGGGUCCCUCUACUGGGUCCAACUACCCUGCCGGUCAGUCCCAUGGUGAAUACCCUACUUCUGGACAAUCAUCUGGACCUUCAGGCAAUGGAUACCCCAAUGGGCAGUCGUCUAGACCUUCAAGCAACGGAUACCCCAGCAAUGGGCACUCCACAGGCACCCACCCUGGCUCUGAAUUUUUCGAGGGCCCAUCGGGAGCUAGCUAUCCUUCUUCCGGGCACUCGACGGGCACUUAUCCGGGUGCUGGUUCUUCUCGAGGCCCUUCGGGUGGAUCGAGUUACCCUAGUUCUGAGCACUCCACUGGUUCUUACCCUAGUUCGGGACAUUCCGAAGGGCAUUCAACUGGGCCUAGCUAUCCUUCAUCUGAUCACACCACGGGCACUCAUGCUGGCUCUGGAAAACCUUCUAGACCAUCGGGCAACGAACACCAAUCCCAAGGUGGAUCUCAUGGAGCUUCGGAGGGUCAGCAUGGGUAUUAAGGGUUUUGUGAGGGGAAUAUGAGAAACAAUAUCUACAGGGCACCAGCAAGUUGACUUGAAUUUCAG